AUGGCGGCCAAGGAUGACGUGGAUGGGCUAGAAGAUCUCAAGGGCUUCUUUGUAAAAAAAAGAUUCUUCUCUUACUCUUGGACACCCGUACCUUCCCCACGUUUCCAGAAAAAUCUUGCCAGAGACUCAGAGUCUGUCUACUGCUCCAGUGCUCCCGCGAUCAAAAUGGAAGGCGACGGCGUCCAGAUCUUGUCCCGGCGCAUGGUCAAGCCGGAGCACCACGCGAGCUCGCGGCCGCCGGAGCCCGAGACCGUCAACCUCACGCCAUGGGACCUGCCGCGGAUCACCGUGGAGUACCUGCAGAAGGGCGUCGUCCUGCCCAAGCCUCGGCCCGGCGCACAUGCUGUCGAACACCUCGCGUCGUCCUUCUCGCGCGCUCUGGCCCGCUUCUACCCGCUCGCCGGCCGCUUCGCCGUCGCGCCCGUAGCCAGCGCGGACGCUCGGCCGGGCCUGACGAUCUCGAUCAGCUGCGACGACCAAGGCGCAGAGUUCGUCCACGCCGUGGCGCCCGGGGUCGCCGUCGCCGACAUCGCCGGCCCGCUCCGCGUCAUCCCGCGCGUGGUCUGGUCCUUCUUCCCUCUCAACGGGAUGCUCGGCGUGGACGCCGCCGUGGACCCCACCCGGCCGCUCCUGGCCGCGCAGGUCACCGAGCUCGCCGACGGCGUCUUCGUCGCCAUGUCGCUCAACCACUGCGCCGCCGACGGGGAAACGCCGUUGGCCGUCCGGAGCGGCGCCGGGAACAAGGUGGACGGGUUGGUCUCGGUGUACGAGGGCAGGGAUGACGGCGUGGGGAGAGGCGGCAUGGAGCUGGAGGUGUGCCUCGCUCCUGGUGCGCUCGCCAGGCUCGUCGCCGACCAAGAGCUGAUGGACGCGUCGGUGUAA